GCGCGCGCCGCCAUGAGGGAGAAGGCGGGCCGGGAAGAUGGCGCUGAGCUGCCGCCGCGGCGGGCGGUUCUGCGGCCGCCCUCCCUUGGGCCGGGCCGUGCGCCGGCGGUGCCCGCCCGCCGCGGGGGUCGCGGGGCGGGUGGAGGCCGCGUCCUCGGCGCGGUUCUAUGCGGCAGCGGUGGGUAGCGGCGGCGGCGGCCGCGGCCAUGAGGUGAAUGGGGAGGAGCUGCUGGAGGUGUGCUGGCGGCGGCACUUCCUGCGCGGCGGCGCGGAGCCGCGGCCGGCGCUGCCAUGGCGGGCUUACCUCAGCGGCUGUCACCCGGGCUUCGGGCCGCUGGGCGUGGCGCUGCGCGGAAACCUGGUGUCCCAGUGGUGGGACUCGGCGCUGCCGUUCCGCGAGCAGGUGUUGGCGGUGGAUGUCCCCCUGCACGGCCCGCCCGCCGCCGCCGCUCCGCAGGGCCUGCGGCUGCUGCGCUCUGAGGCGCUGAGCGAAGCCCUCCGGGGCAGGGGCUGUGGCCAGGAGCAGGGCGGCCCGUCGCUGGAACAAGUGCUGGGCGCCGCGGGGGUGCUCCGUGAGAGUCUGCUUCCCGGUGCCUUGGCACAAUAUUCUAGCUGCUUAGAACUGGUGAACAGAAGACUGCCUUGUGGCCUUGCUCAAACUGGAGUGUGCUUUCACUCUGUUCCAGAGAGUGAACAACACAACAAAAGCCUUGCAAGAAUAGGCGAAAGGACCACGUCUUUGCUUGCAUGGUUUAGUUCUCCCAGAACUACAGGACAGUGGCUGGAUUACUGGUUACGCCAGAGGCUUCAAUGGUGGAGAAAGUUUGCGGUAGCCCCAUCUAACUUCAGCAGCAGUGACUUUCAGGAUGAAGAAGGAAGAAAAGGAUUUAGUUUACAUUACAGUUUUCCUUGGGGGACAGAAACAAUAGAAACAUUGAAGAACCUUGGAGAUACUGAACUGUUACAGAUGUAUCCAGGAGAUAGUUCAAAAUUACUUGGCCGAGAUGGAAGGAAGAAUGUUAUUCCCCACGUUCUGUCUGUGAGUGGAAAUCUGGACCGAGGAGUGUUAGCGUAUCUCUUUGAUUCCCUUCAGCUAGCUGAGAAUCCUUUAACAAAAAAGAAAAUUGCACAGAGAAAGGUACUCAAGCUUCACCCUUGUUUAGCACCUCUUAAAGUGGCCUUGGAUGUAGGAAAAGGUCCAACAACAGAGCUGAGACAGGUUUGUCAAGGAUUGUUCAAUGAACUGACAAAAAACAGAAUUUCUGUGUGGCCGGGUUACCUUGAAACCGUGCAGGUAUCUCUGGAACAGCUUUAUACAAAGUAUGACGAGAUGAGUGUUCUCUUCACGAUCUUGAUAACUGAUGCCACUCUAGAGAACGGAGUGGUCCAGCUGAGAAGCAGAGAUACAACCAUGAAGGAAAUGAUGCAUAUUUCUAGGCUGACGGACUUUUUAACUAAGCUGUGUGGAUAGAAUGCCGAUGGGUAUCUCGCAUGAGCAGCUGCACUGAGCUAGCACAGCAGAGCAGCUGGAGUUCUACCUGUCUACUCAUGAACAGGAAGGCAGAUUUCUUUGGUGAGAAUGAUUCCCUUUUUGAUAUUUAGAAACAGGAAACAUGAGACCUUUGCUGUUGGUUUGCUGGUGGGGAGUUCUUUUUCCCUUGAAAUACUGACACAUUCACGUGUAUCUUAAAUGUAUAAAACUACAGCUUAAUAGCAUUGUGGCUUUCAUGUAAUGUCUUCAUUAUUGUGUAUUUUCUGCAACUGAAGUAGUACAAUCUCUUAACAUUGGUCAGUUGCUUUGGUGUCUAACAUUACUUCAUAAUUUCAGUUUGAACUAACACUGGCUCUUGUCAAAGUUGAGAAACAUGGAAUGAAGAAUUUUUGUGUACUGAGCAAUUCUGAACAGAAUGCAGGAGAUACAGUAAGGUUUAUUUUGCUACAACUGGCAUACAGGCCACUUUUGUCUCUUAGUAAAUGGGCAUUGCACCUCUGAUCUACUUACUUACUUUUAAUUUUCUUUUCCUCUGUAAUGGCUAUUUGAACCCUCACCAUGAGUUGCUAAAUGCAAUUCUUCUGGGUUUUUUUACUUCUGUUUACAGUAGAUUUAUAUAUAAAACUUCCGUUCAUUUGAGCAGUUGUGGUUUUGGCUGCGUGGCUGACAGACAGGUGGUGCCAAAUACAGACCCUGUGUGACUUCAAAUAAUGCCUCUGCCAGGCAGGGACAGCAGGAGAAUUAUCUCACUCCCUGAGGGGUAGUAGGUGUCUCCUUCCACUGUUUUUGCAGUAUCUGAAGAAAUUUGCCCAUGCUAGCUACAAAUAGUAUAAUAGCAUUCUUCAGCCAGAGUCCAACAAUUAAGUUUCAUGACCGCUUAGGAGUGACAUGAACUUACCAAUCUCUGAGUAUAUGACCUCGUCUUCAGGCUCUUCUACAUUUGGUGUUGAAGUAAAGCCAGUUGAGGAUCUAGUACACUUAAAUUUUUCUGCAGAUUGGAGAAGAAAAAAACGCACAUGCCUAUAUAUGUAUAUCAGAUUUUCUCAGAGGGAAAUAAACAGCCCCAUGAUAUUUUUUGGUUCCUAGAUAAUGCUAUUUUCAUGAUAAAAAUUACUCCUUAACCAAGGGUAUUUUAAUAGUAUUUCCUUUCUUUACUAAGAACAAUGAGGUCAAUUCCUUCCAGUGUUUAUGUGUGUUAAAUUAGAUGUUGUUUUGCUUCCCCCAUCCCAGACUUGCCAUCUAAAACAUAGCUCAGAGGUUUUGCCUUAUCAAUGUCUUGUUACAUUGCCUGUGCUGGUUAAGACAACAUCCUAAAAUUCCAAAAGCUUAACUCUACUUGUAACGUGAUGUUUAUGCACUAAAAUAUAUUGACAACAUAAAUGAGCUCCCCUGGAAAAUGACACAGACAUUCAAAUAACUCACUUGCUUUAUAUGAAGGAAUUAUGAAAAAUGGAAUUGCCAGAGCAAGUCCUAUUACGAACAGUAGCAGGAUCAGCCCAAGAGAAAUUAUCAGGGGCUGAGAAAAUCUUCUCUCUUCUGCCAAAAAGAAAAGAAAUAAAAAGGUGUUUAUGCUUUCAUAUUCUAAGUACUUUCUGUAAAUUAAAAUCAACACUUUGCAUUUCUUUCAGCUUUUGGAUUAACUGUGGUUAAUCUCCAGUAGAGUCCCAAGUGCACGCUGCCACAGCAGAAGGAAAGGACCUUGCUGGUGCCAGUAGACUCUUUCAUAGGACCAGAGAAAAAAUGAAACUGGACUGUCCCCAGGGCAGGCCAGGGGUUUCCUGUAAAG